AUGAAUAGAUAUUUACUUCUACUUCUCAUCCUUGCCAUCGCUCAUAUUUCGGCGUCGCCAACAAUACGCCCAUACGAUUGCGCCAACGUGCCACCGAUGUGUUACAGAUUGAUCGGCAGCAAAUACACGAAAAUGCGACUCCCCAAUAUGUUAAACCAUACUCGCUACGAAGAUGUCGCCGCCGAUAUCAAAGUGUGGCGUCCUUUACUAAACUCCUCCAUAUGCAACGCUGCUAAUCAGUUGAAGUACUUCUUGUGUUUCACCUACGCGCCUGUGUGCGUGGACAAAUUGAUAUCUCCGUGUAAGUCCCUCUGUGAAACCGUGCGAGAUUCGUGUGAUCCUGUGAUGCGACAGUACAAUUACUCCUGGCCCGCGUUCUUCAAUUGUAAUCAACCAAAGAAGUUCCACGAUGAUUCUUCACAAAUGUGUAUCAAUCUGAAAAUGCUUGGAAUUGGAAGUAAGUUUGUGCAUUGGGUUGUUUGUGACAUAUUGUGGUUAGUCUUCGCAACGAUCCCUGUUGUUGUGAUUGUAGUUUCGCCACGGUUACAUUGAAGUACAGUUCUUCAAGUUUGAUUCUAUAUCAAUAUAUGUUUCCUCCUGCAGUAACACUGGGUCAAUAAGAGAUGAUCCUUACUCGACCUCUAUAAGGAGAACAGUUUAGAACUGAUUUAUUUAUCCAGUAUUUAGUUUAGGUUUCCUCCUGUAGUAACACUGGAUCAAUGACCCUUACUGAACCUCUAGGGAGAACAGUUUAGAACUGAUAGAGCUAUCCAGUAUAAAUAAAGUUUAGUCAGUUUAUUUUAGAUUUCCUCCUGUAGUAACAGUGGAUCACUAUAAGAAAUGAUCCUUACUGGCCCCUCUAGGAAAAACAGUUUAGGAUUAAUAGAGCUAUCCACUAUAAAUAAAGUUAGUUUAGUUUAAGUUUCGUCCUGUAGUAACACUGGAUCAACAAGAGAUGAUUCUUACUGGACCUCUAGGAAGAACAGUUUAGAAUUGAUAGAGCUAUCAAGUAUAAAUAAAGUUAGCCUAUCCUGUUCUAUGUGGUUUAGCUCUCCGGAUAGUUCACCUUAUGUUUAUAUUAUAGUACGGAUCACAUAUGCUUACGGAUCAUCCGUUUCUAUAGUUUAAUAUCCCCAGGCGAUGUUUAUACCAAGAUGAGAGAAAUCUACUUAAUUCCGUAGAUUAUUUGUAUUUAAUGAUGUUCUCCAAGUGAUGUCCACCCCAGGUAUGCAGAAAACUACUUGAUCAUGGUUGGAUUUGUACUCAGGUAGAUUGUAUUUUAUUUUCAGAAUGUUCGUGCAAAGGAAGUUACACUAAAAAGACAUUGAAAGCUUUGAUCUGCAAAAGCGAUUUUG